GCAAGUCAUGAAAAAGGCAAAUGGAUAUAAGCCUUGGAUCUUUGACAUAACAUUUGAUGCUUGCAAAUUUAUGAAAGACAAAUCAAACAAAGCCGCUAAAGUUAUAUUCGAUCUCUUCAAGGACUUUUCAACUGUCAACCACUCGUGUCCUUAUGUGGGUAGAAAUGGUCUAAUGGGCUUUUAUCCAGCAGUCGAUAAACUUCGACUUCCGCUGCCAACUGGCGAUUACCUCAUUUUAAUAUCGUGGAAAUUUUAUAAUAAACUUCAAUUCGUGACAAAUGUUUACUUUACAUUUGUGGAGGAUUAUUAA